CAUUCCGCCAUUGCUGACCUCUCGAUAUUUCUUCCCCCUUUAUUUUUUUUUUUAAUCCACAGGAUUAAAAACCUCAAACAAUCAAACCAACUCAUAAACAAAUAAAACAAUUCCCCCCUUCCUCCCUCCCCAUUUUCUCUUCCCGAUUCCCCCCUCUCAGUUUCAGAGCUUUACCUCCCCAUCUCUCUCUUACUUUCUCUCGCUUCCCUCGCACUCUUCCAACUUUUCCACAGAAACCCAGAAAAGCUCCGCUUCUCUCCUGGGCCUCUCGCCGCGAGCCCGGCAUUAUUUUUCCAUGGAGAACUGAUAGGCAGUUUUUGGGUUUGUCUUCUGAUCCGAGACCCAAAAGAGAAAUAGUAAAAAUGAGGGUGAAGGAAAUGCACCCACUCUGCUGCAUCUCGCUCGAGAGCCCUGGACUGGGCGACCAGUCGCCGGAGAUUUCGACUUCGUUGGCGUUGACGCGGGCGAGAUCCCUGCCGGCGGGCCUUCUGUGUCGGUCGAAUCACACCGGAUCGGAGGACCCCGCGGGUUCGACCGCGACGGUGGCUGGAGUGCUGCACAAGUGGACCAAUUACGGGAAAGGGUGGAGAUCGCGGUGGUUCUUGCUGAAGAAUGGCGUGCUGUCCUACUCCAAGAUUCGCCGGCCGGAGAAUCUGAAUCUGCUGGCGUUGAACGAGGACGUGCAAUUGAUUGGCGCGAUUUCCACCAAUCGAUUGCAGAGGAUGGAUAGCGUCAGCUCCAGCCGAAGGAAGCAGGAGAAGAAAACCGUUGGCAUUGUUCAUCUCAAGCAGAUCUCGUCAUUCCGAGAGAGCAAGUCCGAUGACCGGAGAUUUUACAUUUUUACAGCGACGAAGACGCUUCACUUGAGAACUGAUUCGAAGAGGGACAGGGCAGCUUGGAUCCAAGCUUUGGUCUCUGCUAGGAAUCUUUUCCCAUCGAGGUCACUCAAAGAUGGCCUCUCACACAGGGUGCCAAAGGAUUUGUCUGUCUCGACUGAGAAGCUAAAGAGGCGGUUGACUGAAGAAGGGAUCAAUGACAGCCUCGUUAAUGACUGUGAGCAGAUCAUGCUAACGGAAUUCUCCGAGUUACAAGCUCAGCUUAAAGUUGUAUGCGAAGAACGGAACAGUUUGGUAGACACUCUAAGGCAACUGGAGGCUUCCAAUAUAGAAAUUGAAGUCUCUGGAAUUCAAGAUGGUGACUAUCAGUUGGCCAAGCAUGAUUUGUCAACUUUAGGACGUGGAAAAUACAGUGAAUGUAGCACGACCGAAUCAUCUGAUGAUAUCGAGAAGCAAGACCUGGAGGAAGUUUCGGAUGAGGAGGAGCUCUCUUUUCACGACAGUAAAGAUUGUUUCACCGAUGGGUCUAUAGUCCAAGUUCCAGGUCACUCCGGGAAGGAUAAAACAUCCAAUCAACUCGAUAGUGAAGAGGAUAGAAUGCACUCGGUAUUUGAUCCGGAAUAUCCGCACAUCCAAAGGAGGCAAAAGCUUCCUACCCCAGUUGAAAAAGAGAAAGGGGUCAGCCUUUGGUCAAUGAUCAAGGACAAUGUUGGCAAGGAUCUCACCCGUGUUUGCCUCCCUGUUUACUUUAACGAACCAAUAUCGUCACUUCAGAAAUGCUUUGAGGAUUUGGAGUACUCUUAUCUCUUGGACCGAGCCUAUGAGUAUGGAAGAGCGGGCAACAGCCUGCUGAGGAUUUUACAUGUAGCUGCAUUUGCCGUGUCUGGCUAUGCUUCCUCUGAGGGGCGGCAUUGCAAGCCUUUUAAUCCUCUGCUAGGAGAAACAUAUGAAGCUGACUUUCCGGACAAGGGAGUUCGCUUCUUCUCCGAGAAGGUUAGUCAUCAUCCAACUCUCAUUGCCUGCCAUUGUGAAGGUAGAGGGUGGAAAUUUUGGGCAGACAGCGACUUGCACACCAAAUUCUGGGGGCAGUCCAUUCAACUUGAUCCGGUUGGGGCUCUGACCCUCGAGUUUGAUGAUGGUGAAAUAUUCCAGUGGAGCAAGGUCACAACCGCAAUUCGUAAUCUCAUUCUGGGCAAAGUGUAUUGUGAUCACCAUGGGAUGAUGAAUAUAACGGGAAAUCGCGACUAUUCUUGCAAAUUGAAGUUUAAAGAGCAAUCAAUCCUAGACAGAAAUCCUCAUCAGGUUAAUGGGUUUGUAGAAGACCUCUCUGGGAAAAAGGUGGCCACCGUGUUUGGGAAAUGGGACGACAGCAUGUACUAUACUCUCGGUGAUGGUCAAUCAAAAUCGAGGAACAACCCUUCGUCAAAUGCUAACUUACUAUGGAAGAGUACAAAGCCAGUUCCAAAUCUCACUCGAUACAACUUAACAUCGUUUGCCAUAACCCUGAAUGAAUUGACACCAGGACUGAAGGAGAAGCUCCCUCCAACAGAUUCGAGGCUGAGACCAGACCAGAGGCAUCUGGAGAACGGUGAGUACGACAAGGCCAACGUGGAGAAACAGCGGCUGGAGAAGAGGCAAAGAAUGUCGAGAAAGCUGCAAGAACAUGGGUGGAAACCGAAGUGGUUCGAGCGAGAAGGCGAGAAUGGACCUUUCCGGUACAAGGGUGGAUACUGGGAAGCACGAGAUCGCGGAAACUGGAACGAAUGCCCGGACAUAUUUGGAGAGUUCAGUGACGAGCUCUCCGAAUCCAAGUAAAUUUUUUUUCUGGACAACAAAGAAUAAUGUAGGUAAUGCAUUAUUCUCAAGACUAGAGAUCAACCCACCAGCAGGCAGCAGCAGCGGCUCACGCAGCUUACUGACCAGAAUUCUGGUUGCAGGAAAGAGUGGUAAACGAAGUUUUUCUUGAUGAAGAUUUUGGGGUGGGAGUAGUGAGAUUGCAAUGUAUAAUGUGCACUUCGGGGUAGGAUAAGUGAAGUCACAAGAGCCCUUGAAAAAUUUUCUGCUGUGAAUGUGAGCCCUGGCCUUUUGCUGCUGCUGCUAGUCUGUUAGCCAUCCCAAUUUGUUACAGCUUCAUGUAAAAACUCCGACGUACAAGAAGAAGCCAACCGGGCUGAUAUGAUAAUUUUAUUUAUUUACAUAUUUAUUUGUACUUAGUUUGUCAGCAAUAAAAUGAAGGAAAAAAAAAAGAGUAAAAAGGAAAGGUGAUGGGGUAAUCCUUAUUCCCCAUCAAAGAGUUUCAUUUUUCUUUCCGGACCUGCAGCUUAGCACUCCUGAUUUCGAUUGACCUACUAUCUCAAUAGAUGAGUCGAUCGGAUUUUAGUCCCCUCUCCAAUUCAGCAUAGUUCAAAUAAGCUCUUCUCAUUCCGAC